GUUAACAGUGUAUCAAUAGCCUGUGCAAGAAAAACCUAAAUAUAAUUGUACAAUUUUUAGACACUUACUGAUUGGAAGAGCAAGACAAAAACCAAAGCAGCAGCUCUAAAAAGGGAACAACAGCGGACUGGUGGUGGUCCAUCUCAGCUACCUCCCUUAUCACCAUUAGAUGAGAGAUUGUUAUUAAUAAUGGGAACGAAAGCAAUAGAAGGUGAUGCGGCAGUCCCAGAGUUGGGUUUUGGAAAAGUUGAGAUUCCAAACAAAACUGUAUUAAAAACCAUGUCAAACACAGCACCAAUGAUACCACCAAUAAUAGAAGUGAGUGAAAUUGCCUCAGAAAGUGAUGUACCAUAUAUUCAUGAUUAUGCAAGAAAGGUUGAAAUACCAAAUACGUCACAUGGCCCUUGUUCUGAAGACCUUGUGCCAAGUACAUCCAUAGGUUUGAAAAGAAAAAUGGAACAGCAGGGCAGCAACAAAUCAGGACCAAUUCGGCGUCGGCCAAAUGCUACAUUUCGUCUUUCUAAUGAACUGCGAAAUUUGAACCAACAAUCAGUCCAAAUUCUACAAGAUAUCUAUCAAAGCAUGGAAUCAGUGUCCAACUCACUUCAAAAAAUUAGCAGUAAUACAGAAAACAUUGCAAAUUCUAUAAAAGAAAUUGCUGACAUAGUCACAAAUGCUUUUCCAAAUAAAUAAGUUCCUAACGUUUUUUUUUUGACUCAGAUAGCUCUGGGAGAUACCUAGAGUUUUUUUUAACUAUCAGACUGACUUCAAAUAUCAUUAGGUAGUUUUAAAGGUAUGUUAGUAUUUAUAUUUACUCUAUGUUCAAAGCCAAAGUUUUUUGAGAUUUCGAGUUGUGUUACUAUUUUUUAUGUUUGUGAUAAAAUCCAAUGUGAUAAAUUCCAAAGUACAUCUAGUUUUUAAGUUGUGAUAUUAUCCUUAUUUUGUAAUCUUCUUUAAAAAAAUAACCAAAAGAAUACAAGGUUUGUAUUUUAGUUCCUUGAUGUAAACAAGCUCAAGAUAAUUUCCAAACAAACAGUAUUCAUGUUAUUGGACUCUUUUAGAGGUGAAUUACAUGUAUCAGUCCGAAGACAUAAUAAAUACAUAAGUAUUUAUAGGGUAUCUUGAAACUUAAGUUAUCUUGAACUCAUUUAAAACAAAAGUUACUUUGGCAUAGACACCAUUAGAAUGCAAGGUUUUUGUUGAAAUGCAUUUUUU